AAUUGCGCAUUAUUGAUUUGCCUGCUUACGAGGAUCUGCGGUUUGUCGGCUUUUUGUUGCGAAUUUUGUUAAAAUAACUAAAGCAUUCAAUUCGUAUAUUGUGGAAAAAUAUUAAUAUUGUGUUAGCGAAAAAAUAAUUGCAAUUAUGAAAACUGAUCAAAAUCAAGACGGAAAUUCUAACGAAAAUCGUGAAAAGGAGCGUGAUAGACGUGGGCGCGCCACACGUGGGUCUCGUUUUUCAGACGCUGAUAAUGGAAAUGGCGGCGGUGGUCGUGACCGCAGCCGUGAACGAAGGAAUUGUCGUGUUUAUAUAUCCAAUAUCCCUUAUGAUUACCGUUGGCAAGAUUUAAAGGAUCUUUUUAGACGCAUUGUGGGUUCUGUUGAAUAUGUUGAAUUAUUCCAUGAUGAAAAUGGGAAAGCGAGAGGUUGCGGAAUUGUUGAAUUUAAAGAUCCCGAUAAUGUGGAAAAGGCUUUAGAAAAGAUGAAUCGUUAUGAAAUAAACGGUCGAGAACUGGUAGUCAAGGAGGAUCAUGGAGAACAACGCGAUCAAUAUGGCCGUAUAGUACGUGAAGGUGGUGGCGGCGGCAAUUCUGGAGGUGAUAGAGAUCGUAGUUUUACACGUCGCGAUGACGACAGAUUAUCUGGUCGUAAUAAUUUUAACAUGAUGUCUAAUGAUUUUAAUAAUUCAUCGAGUUACAAUUUGUAUGGUCUUUCUGCGUCGUUUUUGGAGAGUCUUGGCAUAAAUGGACCUUUGCAUAAUAAAGUUUUUGUUGCUAAUCUGGAUUAUAAAGUGGAUGGCAAGAAACUUAAACAAGUAUUUAAAUUGGCUGGUAAGGUACAGAGUGUUGAUUUGUCCGUAGACAAAGAAGGCAACAGCCGUGGAUUUGCUGUAAUUGAAUAUGAUCACCCUGUAGAAGCUGUACAGGCUAUAUCUAUGCUUGAUCGUCAAAUGUUGUAUGAACGUCGCAUGACAGUACGUUUGGAUCGCAUACCUGACAAGGGCGAAGGUAUUAAAUUGCCAGAGGGCUUAGGUGGCGUAGGUAUUGGACUUGGUCCUAACGGUGAACCUUUACGGGAUGUAGCACGUAACUUGCCCAGUAUUAUAAAUCAACAACAAAACAAUCCAACACCACAGCAGAAUCUUCAAACCCAAGUACAGUCUAAUAUGCUUGCUAAUAUGGGCGGUGGCGGCGGCGGUGGUAAUGUUGGAGGCGGCAACAACAGCGGCAUGUAUAAUAAUUCAGGCGUGCAACCAUCACCAGUUGCUCCAGUACAAGGUGGAAACAAACAAGGCAAUAUCUUGGGUAAUAGUGGCGGUGGUCUUAAUUUGGCCGCACUUACAAAUGUUGUAGGUGCACUAUCAAAUCCAUUACUCUCAUCGUCGUUAAGCAAUCUUGGCUUAAAUUUGGGUCAAUCUGUUCCUGGUAACGACGAUUCGAUGUCUUCUGCAAAUGCUGUCAUGUCGAAUAACUACAGCACUGGAGGUGGUAAUAACUAUAGCUCCGGUUACGGUACACCGUCGGGUUUUAAUUCAGGAGCCGGUAACACCGGUGGAGGUGGAAAUGUUAAUGCAUAUAACAGUGGUGGAGGAGGCGGUAACAGAAGUAAUGUAGGUGGUGGCGGCAGUAUGGAUACUGGCGAUAUUGAUAUGUUUGGCGGUGGUGGCAACGCUAGCAAUAUCAAUCCAAAUAAUCCCCGGAAAUCUGAUACAAUUCUCGUUAAAAAUAUACCAUUAAGUUGCACAUGGCAGACAUUACGCGAUAAAUUCCGUGAUAUUGGAGAGGUUAAAUUUGCCGAAAUUCGUGGCAACGAUUUGGGCGUGGUACGCUUCUUCCAUGAGCGCGAUGCUGAAUCGGCCAUAAAUAUUAUGAAUGGUUCUCGCAUUGAUGGACGUACUAUACAAGUCGCUUAUUACUAUUAAACGAUUUUAAAUAAAAUAUUCGUAUUUAAUUCCUUCUCAAUAUAAGAAUAUUAAUUUUUAAGAAAAACAUUUUUAUAAUAUUGAACCAUUGACAAAAACAAAAUAAAAUAGCAGCAGUUGAAUGCAAUAUGUAGCAAGAGAACCAAGAUCACUCUUGGCAAUAUUUCGCCGCAUAAAAUAUGUAUAGAA